AUGUCCAAGCGCGGGCGCGAGUCGUCAGCGCCGCCCAGCGGAGGCGGCGGCGCCGCCACCAGCCCCCACAUCAAGCUGCCCGCUGCCAGGCCCCUCUGGCUGCACGCCGGCGGCGACGAAAAGUUCCUGCUCCUGGAGGACCCAGACACAGGCGACGUGCUGCUGCCGCUCAUCUACCUCAAGCCAAUCCUGGGAGCCAACUACUCUCGGAAGCUGGCGGCGCUCAAGCACCGCCAGGUCACCGUGCCCGCCAACAGCCCGCCCGCGCUGGCCGACAAGGGCGGCCUCCUGCACUGGCAAUGGGCCUUUGAAGCGCCCUCGGGCAUCAAGGCGCUCGUGCGGCAGGAGCUGGGUGAAGAUAACACGCCGCAGGGCCACCUGCGCCUGGUGCUGGCGCCUAUCGUGUACAACGCCUUGGCGCAGCGUGAGGACAUGCACACCAACCCGCUGUUCCGAGCGUUGCACCGCGAGCUGCGUGCCAGCACCUACUGGCCGCUGCUCAUCCUGCCUGGGGCUGCGGUUGUGGAGGAGUUGGACGCAGAGGCAGCAAACUGCGCCGGCGCCGGCGGCUCGCCGCUCUUUGCGGGGCCCGCCUCUCUGGAGGAGACAGCCAUGAAGUACAUGUUCUUGUUCAAGGACAUCGAGGAGGUGGAGCAGUCCAAGCGGUCUCGCACCACAAACACAGCGAUCCAGCAAGAGGGGGCGGCGAUUGUGGAGGAGACCGUGCGGCGCGGCGGGCGCCCAUUGCUGACGGGGGGCCAGAUCAGCGCUUCGGCGGUGGCGGGCGCCGCCAGUACCAUCCAGGAGGCCGCCUCUCGGCCCAGCGCCAGCGCUCCGCCGCCCUCGCGCUCGCCGCCGCCGCCAGCAGGCGUGCCGCCAUUCUGGCUGCUUCACCAGCAGCAGCCGCCGCCGCAGCAGCAGCCGCCGCAGCAGCAGCCGGACGACUCGCGUAGCGGCACACCCGGCAUCGGCCUGCCGCCGUUGGCGCCGCCAGGCGCGGCGCAGCUGGGCGGGGGCCUGGAGCAGCAGCUGAUGCUGGCUGUGCGCCAGGCACUCCAGCAGGAGCUAGCCCCGCUGCGGCAGCAUGUGGAGGUGCUCUGCCAGGAGGUGGCCGCCCUGAAGCGAGGCAUGGCGCUGGGCCUGCAGCCUGCGGGGACUGCACCCAGCCAGCCGCCAAUGGUGCCUGCCAGGCUGCAGCUUCAGCCGCAGGCGCAGCAGGCCGCCUGGCCGGCGGCGCUGGCGGCACAGCCAGCGGCCGCGCAGAUGGCGGAGGCUCCGCUGCUGCGAGAGUUCCUGCGCGGCCCGCUGGGGGGCGCCUGGGCCAUGCCGGUCCCGCCGCACCAGCAGCAGCAGCAGGGCGCGCCGCAGGGCGCGCCGCCGCCCCCAGGGGUGCAGGCGCGCUUGGAGCUGACCCUGGCUCCUCCAGGGCAGGAGCAGCAGCAGCAGCAGCAGCAGCAGCAGCAGCAGCAGCCACCGCCAGGCAGUGCCGAGCAGCGGGCAGGCGCGGGCGGCCAGGACAUGGCCAAGGCAUUCAGCUUUGACCUCCACUCACUGAGCUCCCUCUCUGCAUUCAUUGACCAGCUCACCGCGCAGGCGGCCAAAGCUGCGCUGCCCGAGUCCGGCAGCGGGCCAGCCGGCAGCCUCGUCCUCACGGGCAGCGGGGGCUCAGCCAGCCAGAACGCCGGCAGCAGCGGGGCGGGCAGCGGCAACGCGGGCGGCGGCGGCCCCUCCGCCAGCCAGCCGCCGCGCAGCGCAAGCCCUAACAGGGCGCCCAUGCUGAGCCUGGCGGGCCUCAGCCGGCUGCUGAGCCCGACCAACUCCAACCUCGCCGCCCUGCUCAAGAGCACAAGCUUGGCCGCGGGCUCCGGCGCCGCCUCUGGGUCCGGCGGCGGGUCCGCGGCGGCGGGGCCGCUCGCCUCGCUGGCCGCGCUGCAGCAGGUGCGCAACAGCCUGGGCAGCGGCAGCGGCGGCGACGGCGCCGCAGCACCCGCCCAGCUGUCUGUGGACUGGGCCGCCAAGCUUCUAGAGUCACAGUCCAACCCCUCCAACCCCUCGCUGCAAUCGGUGCUGCUGGGGCAGGGCACCCUGGGCACCAUGAACUGGAGCGCUUUCCUAAACGAGCUGGAUCCUAGUGCCCUCGAUGUGGCGGUGCAAGCCCUGGCGCAGUAUGCAUCACAGGAGCAGCAGCUGAGUGUGCAGCAGCCGGUGCCCAGUGCAUCCCACAUGUCGGCCAGUGCACCGCUGUACAGGGUCCUAUGCCGCCACACCAUCAGCCAGCUGCAGUAUGGCGGCGGCUAUGCGCUUAAGGCUGGCGUCGUUGUCAGCCUUGCCACUGCUCUUCUUGAGUUUCAGAGCCCGAGUCAGCGGGAACAGCUGCAAAGCUACACAUGGGUGAUGGUGGCUUCCUUCGAAAGAAAGAAAGAAAGAAAGAAAGAAAGAAAGAAAGAAAGAAAGAAAGAAAGAAAGAAAGAAAGAAAGAAAGAAAGAAAGAAAGAAAGAAAGAAAGAAAGAAAGAAAGAAAGAAAGAAAGAAAGAAAGAAAGAAAGAAAGAAAGAAAGAAAGAAAGAAAGAAAGAAAGAAAGAAAGAAAGAAUACGCCCUUGGGCGUGGGUUGAGGAAGCCAGCUUCUGCCGCAACGUUCAAGCAAUGCAUAGCAACUUCAAGUUAG